CCUUGAAAGACCUCUUGCGUUGUCAGUGGUGGUCAGUUGCUCGGAAACCGGAGAAUGGGUCGAGUUUCGUCAUCAGAGUUUUAAGGUACUUUAUGUUAGCCUAAUGGAACAGGGAGAGACUAGCACAGCAGAGCCAUCUGAUGAUUCAAGGCCAACUGAAAAUCCAGUAGCAGUAGGUGAUUCAGUGGCAGCUGAUGCUGCAGGCGCUGUAGAUAUGCCAGGGGCAUCUGAAGCUCCAGAGACAACUGACACCACAAUGCCUGCUAAUGUUACUGGGAUUGUUGUCCAUCUGGUGUCUUCUGACAGUUCAGGGCCUUCUGAGCCUGCUGAUAAUGUGGAAACAUCGAGCAACUUGGCAGCUGUCAAUGCGAACCCUACCAGCAGCGUGAAACCUGCUGUUAUUUUAAGGUCUUCUGGCAGCAACACUCAAGAUAGACCGAAGCAGAAACUUUCACGGGCAACACGGUCCAUGCCGUUAACAGGUACACCCUACAGGUACUUGCCCGAGAACUCUAAUUUGAGUGAGAAGAAGUUGAAAUCCAGCCUGAAGCGUAGGACAGUCUGUGGUGCAACACCUAUUGCUGAUAAUCUGGAGGAGGAGUUCAAGGCACUAGCCCUCGGAAAAAUCCCAAUAGCUUUACAAGACAGUUCCUUUCAGAUCACUGUGAAAGGUAAACUUGCAAAAAGUGCCUGCAGUAAAGCUGGAUCGGAGAAAAACUUGGAUCACUCGGAAGGAUGCUCUGCAGGGGCAAGCAAUGGGGAUACGGACAGCACCGGAGGAGAGGGAAAGGAGGACAUAUUACAGAUCCUACUGAAUAACUUUCACGGACAUGGAAGGGAACAUUUCCAGACUUUGGUUCCACAAAUAGGCGUCAUUCCAGAUGUGGUAGAGUACAAGGCCCAUGAGUCUUACGACGUUAGUCUUGACAACCUAAUCAUGCAAAACCAAGAAGAAAAGUCUUGCAUGUGGGUCCCACAGAAUGCUUACAGCAUAGACUUUACACAAGACGAUUACGAGGAGAACUAUUUCAUUUCGCAUAUCGUCCACAUUGAUGAGUAUCGUGAAAUGAGGAAGGCCAAAAGUCUGCUGCCCAAACCGAUAGAGGCAGAGAUGGACAACACCAGUUUGAGUGGGAUGGAAGGCGCUUGGUUUCGGAUGCGCCCACCCCACGGGCACAAUAAAUAUGGAUGUGCGAGUCUGGACAUCACCCUGCACAGACUUGUGGUCUACUACCUGCUGACAGGUCGGUUCAAAAUGUACCUGGCGGAAGUUUUCCAGUCGCCAACGAAGUGCGUCAGUCGCCUCGUCAUGGCCAAGAAAACAGACCAAGAUAUUCCCGCCAAAUGGGCGGGCUUCGAGCUCUACAACCCCGGCGGUCCUUGGUUUGUGGUGAAGGACAUGGCGCAAGGUAGCAUCUCACACAAGUUCCCGCGCUUCAUCAGAGGUUUCGGUUCCCGUGACCGCCAUCCAGUUGAGCACGAGGUCGAGGUCUUUUUCAAGUUCGACGAGGGCUUCUUCAAGAAGGUUUUCACGAGGAUGGACAUGUUGCCGGUGUCCCACGUCUUGGCGAAUGGCGGCGAGGAAGGCAUGUGUCAGAAGUACAGAUCUGGAGACCGCGCGGCGUGGGUUUUAUGUCCGUCGCCCCUGUCGGUGACGGAAUCCUAUUUGGAGAUGGGGGACAUUGACGAGGAGUUCUGGGACUGAAAUGCCUCGUCAGUUUCUAACGCAAGGUCGCCUGGCAAAUGAAAUGGUGCACAAGGUCAAUCUGCAUCGAAAGGGAGAUGAGGAAAUAGCACAACAAACAACCUCCAUAUGAUUUUGAAGUAGAUACAAAUGAAGAACUCCGUUCUACGUCAAAUUCAAAAUUGCUUGUAAAUAAGUAGCAUUUUUGUUAAGUUUUAAGUAUUUAUGCAAAACUGUCAUAAGCCCCUGAAAAUGGUACCGUGAUAAACCGAGAAGUGCAUGGGUGUGUAAUGGACUAAUGUAAAAUGUUAGUGAAAAUAGACUACUUUAUAUUUUUAACUUAUUUAAUGCCAAAUUCAACUAUAGCUGAAGGUAACUAUCAAGGCGUCAAGGUCUGUUUUUGGUCAACUUACUACCUGCUUACUGUAUUAAUUGCAAAAUUAUGAAUCUUUGCCUCACUUGAGGUUUUCUGAUUUUUAAAACAAAUUUUUAGCUACGCUCUUUGGAAAUUUAUCAAAUUUAAAUGUGCAUUAGUUAUGUUAUGAGCAGGGAGAAAGUAAAUCUAAUAUUGUCUA